AUGGACUGUUUAGCAAGUGUUUUUGAAAAGGUUGGUAUGGAGUCACUGCUCCUGAAUAUCCCUUUUGUGUGCAAGUCAUGGUACAAAGCGAGUCUCAGUCCUUGCUGCUGGCUCAGUCUCGACUUCACGGAAAUUUUAACCAAGUACUACUAUACUUGGAGUGAAAGCCAUGAUCGCUUUGUGAAAAGAUUUGUAGAUCGUAGCAAAGGGCAUGCUACUUUUCUCAGGCUACCUGGAUGCUGUACCCUCGAAGCAUUCAAAUAUGUUGCAGAUGUGUGUCCUGGCCUCAAGGCUUCGUCUUUGCCUAGUGAACUAGUGUUUCUGCAACCUAGCAUGAUUAUAGAACUGAUUGAAAAGUGGGAAAAUUUGGAGUCAUUGUCAUUGAAAAGUCGCAUAAAUAUUGCUGAACUCCUUUCACCGAUCAGCCUUCACUGCAAGAACUUUCGUCGUUUAGAUAUACAUGGUGCUUCAGUAGGUGAAGAUGCGGCGUUGUCGAUCGUCAAAUUGGUGCCUAAUAUUGAGCACUUAAGCUUGAGAGGGGCAAGAAUUCCUCGGGGCAGUCUUAUAACAAUCUUACGGGGCUGUAAGAAGCUUGUGUGUUUGGAUGUUAGCGGUGGUAUAGGUUUUGAUGAGGAAGACGAGGAAAUAUCAAAGCUUGCUUCUCAUAUUACUAAUUUCAGCUGUCAGGGUUCUAGACCUAGACUUGACUAUGAUUAUGAUUCUGAUUCCCAUGAUUAUUAUGAUUCUGAUGAUGAUUAUGACGAUGAUGAGUAUGCUGGCUCUGAUGGGUACUACUGUAGUGGAGGCAGUUCUGAUUGA